AAAGACUUCUCAGCUCUCAUGAUGAGCUGACGAAUACCUCGUAACUCGUUUCUUGGUGCCUGUGUUGGGAAUAGUGAUAAUGAAGUGCCAAGAAACUCUUUCGUGUAGACAAAGUAUAAGGAUGCUCUGACCGAUCAUGUCCAUAUUCUCCAUGAUCUGAUUGUCAAGCUCAAACUAAGACAUCAAGAUGAGAUUCACUGAUAUUGUCUCCACGGUUUUCGUGGCUGGUACAGCUUUCGCGUUUUCUCAUGAUGCGCAGCAUCGUCUUCAUGACAAGAAUAACGUCGCUGGCACCGCAGACAGUAAUCCGAAAUGUCAUCUUCCCGCCCCAUUGAACCCCUCCGACGACGGGCUUGACAGUUCGCAGGGCUUGUUUUCCAGCAAGAAAGCACUGCAAUUGAUGGUCAAGAAACAUCAGUCCCUUGUCCGUAUCCCAUCGAUCUGCUAUGACGAUAUGGGAGAUUUGGAUACGGAUGAUAGGUGGAAGCCAUUCAACGACAUUCCAAAAAUGCUAAAGAAAGCAUAUCCCACCGUUCAUAAACACAUCACCCCAGAAAAAGUCAACAGAUUCGGCCUCGUCUACACCCUCCACGGCUCCGAUAAAUCCCUCCAGCCAAUUCUCCUAGCAGGCCAUCAAGACGUCGUACCGGUAGCCGCCGGAACACUCCACGAAUGGGUCCAUCCGCCCUUCGACGCAUUCUACAACGAAACCGAUGGCUAUCUCUGGGGUCGCGGUGCUUCGGAUGAUAAAUCAGCCAUCACAGCACAAAUGUCUGCCCUAGAAGCACUUUUAUCUCAGAAGACUUACAAACCCCGACGCACGGUCAUUCUGGCUUUUGGGUUUGAUGAAGAAUGCUCUGGUCACCGUGGCGCAGGUCAUAUCUCGAAACAUUUAGAGAAGAGAUAUGGAGAGCAUGGCAUUGCUGCUAUUCUCGAUGAAGGCGGUGCUGGUCUUCAGAAGAUGGGAGAUGUUUUAUACGCACUCCCAGCAGUCUACGAAAAGGGUUAUCUUGAUGUUUGGUUCAACGUCAGUGUUGUCGGUGGCCAUAGCUCCGUGCCAACACCGCAUACAGCAAUCGGCAUAAUGGCUGAAAUCGUUACGACACUGGAACACAAUCCCUUCAAGCCCGAAAUCGCCAAGGACGGUGCCAUUCAUCAGUGCCUCGCUUGCUUCGCCGAGCAUUCACCCCAUGUCUUCCCAGAUCUCACUAAGCUUGUCAACGGUGGAGAUCUACAAGGUGUUGCGCAAUUCUUGACUAAGCUGUCGCGCGAUAUGCAGUACAUGGUUCAAACCUCACAGGCAAUUGAUGUUAUAUCUGGAGGUCAAAAGAUCAACGCUUUACCCGAGUUUGUGACUCUUGGCGUUAACCAUCGGUAUGCGCCGCAGGAUAGCAUUGGGAGCAUUCAGCAUCGAAUUGUCGGGUUGAUCAAGGAUAUUGCUGCGAGUCAUAAGCUUCGAGUGGAGGCUUUUGAGGAUGAUGAGGAUUAUGAUGAGUAUCUCGCUGCUAACAACCUCUCGCGCCAAUGCAAGAAGGAUGAUGAUCUCUGGCAUCAAAAUUACAAGGGUACUUUGACCAUCACAGCCAAGAAAAAGUCGUACAUAACACCUCAAUCACCAACAACCGGUCCAGUUUGGGAUAUUUUCGCAGGAACUGUACGAUAUUCAUUUGCUCAAGAGGCCAAGACAGUCGUUGCAGCUCCAGGAGCCAUGACGGGCAAUACCGACACUCGACAUUAUCUCAAUCUCUCCAGAAACAUCUACAGGUGGAGCCCCGGCAGCCUCAAGUCAUUCUCCAACAUCCAUGGCGUUAAUGAACGGCUAUUGAUGAGUGAGCAAAUGAACAUGGCAAAGUUUUACUACGAUUUUAUUCGUAAUUUCGAUAAGGCCGAUGUCUAGGGACAGAAAUGGGGAACAUCACAUGUAAAUAGGCCAAGGCCAGAAUGUCACGCUUCUUCGUAAUUCUUCCGUUCAUCUGAACUUGUUCCGUUCCGUUUCUUCGCGCUGAAAUGAUCUCCACUCACCUGUUACAUCCGGCAAUGAACCCCCUGUGAGCAUCAAUUUCC